GCCUCUCCUCUCCUGGACUCUCAACUCUUCCUUACCUCAUCCAGAUCCCGUUCCACAGCGGCACCUCCUCCAACCUCCACCUCCACCACUGCCGCCAUCUUCACAGCUCUCCCCCUCUCUCCACACCCCGCGCGAGCCAGCUGCUUCCGCCGCUCAAGUGCUCUUAGCCAAUCAGCGGCUCGGAGUCCGGCAGAGCCAAAGAGAAGUGUCUUUAAAUCGUAAACUUUCGCGACGCUCCCUCGCUCUCGGCUCCCCGGAGUGAGGCGUGGAAGCAAGGGACUACAUUUCCCAGAAGGCACUGACCCUCAACCGGAAGUCAAAUCCCUCCUCGCUAGGUAGGAGGUCUAUAAUGAGAGAAAAUGUGCGAGAACAACUGAUAAGUGUUUUACAGACUACGGCGUAUUCCUUCCUUCCUGCCUCGGUGACAGUCCAUCUUCACAAACUGCCUCUUCUCCAGCACGCAAGAGGGAUUCCCGAGCUUCGGGAGGCGGAAGAGAGGACCAACAAGAAGAUUCUUUCUCCUCUGGAAACUACUCACAACAAAAUGCAGGCUGUACCUGAGUGGUGAGAAGAGAAAUCUCAGGAGAAAGCAUUGUUGCCUUGUACAAGUUUAAGUUCCCGCUACACCCUUGCCCCCAUGGCUCCUGUGAAGAUUAGCCAUGUGGUAUCAUUUUCCUCUCAGGAUCCAAAGUAUCCUGUGGAGAACUUGCUGAACCCAGACAGCCAGAGGGGCCCCUGGCUCAGCUGUCCUCAGGACAAGAGUGGACAACUCAAAGUAGAACUGCAACUGGAGAAGGCCGUCCCAAUUGGCUACAUUGAUGUAGGGAAUUGUGGCAGUGCGUUCCUGCAGAUUGAGGUGGGCCGGUCCUCCUGGCCCCUGGACAGACCCUUCUCCACCCUGCUCCCUGCAACCAUGCUGAUGUCUCUCUCCGACUCAAAGCAGGGGAAAAACCGCUCGGGGGUCCGCAUGUUCAAAGAUGAUGACUUCCUGGCUCCUGCCUCAGGUGACUCAUGGGACAGACUUCGCCUGACCUGCUCCCAGCCCUUCUCACGUCAGCAGUCAUUUGGCCUGGCCUUCCUGCGGGUGUGUUCCUCUCUGGACCUCUCAGAUGAUCCGGUGGUGUGUCCCUCAGCCCCUGUGAACACUGCACAGACCCAGGGCUCUUCUGAUGCUCAGGAGCCUGGCUCAAGCCCUUGGAUGGCUAAUCCCUCCAUCCGCAGGACAUUCUUCCCGGACCCCCAAAAGAGCACUAAGGAGACCUCAGAGCUUAGGAAUAUCCUAAAACAGCUGCAGCCAGGUGCUCUGGGACGUUCAGCCCACAUGGUGCUCACAGCUGCCCGCAGGAACGCUCCAGCCAAUAUGGCAAACCCAAAAGGCAGCGCUGGAGAACCCAGCCCCAGCCAUCCAGACAGCUCAGAGCCCAGACCAGAUGCGCCAACCACAAGGAGGGACUUGAGCAGGACAAAGAGGCGCAGAGUGCAGGCCUGCAGGCUGUUCGCUAGUUCAAACGCUCAGCCAAGCAGGAAGGGAAUGACAAAGGCAGGGCAAAGGAAACAGCACCGACCCCAGCCCCAGAGGUGUGGUGUCCAGGACCGUGGGCAGUGCCCCGUUUGUGCAGGCUCCUUCAGCCUUGAGAUUCUUCCCCAGCAUGCAGCCACCUGUGGAGAGCCCUUCCCACCGCAUCCGGCCUGCCCUUCAUCCCCUCCAUCCUCUCCACAAUCGGUAAGCUUUCCUCCUGUGGCACUAACACCACUUCCCCAGGUCUCCAGACCGCAGCCCAACUGGACAGAGAUUGUGAACAAAAAGCUCAAGUUCCCGCCUCAGCUCCUGGGCGCCAUCCAGGAGGGGCGGCUGGGCCUGGUGCAGCAGCUGCUGGAGGCGGGCGCCGAGGCCCCGGGCGGCGGGCCGGGCGCGCCCCUGCGCAACGUGGAGGAGGCGGAGGACCGCUCCUGGCGGGAGGCCCUCAACCUGGCCAUCCGCCUGGGCCACGAGGCCAUCACCGACGUGCUGCUGGCCAACGUCAAGUUUGACUUCCGGCAGAUCCACGAGGCCCUGCUGGUGGCCGUGGACACCAACCAGCCGGCCGUGGUGCGCCGCCUGCUGGCCCGGCUGGAGCGUGAGAAGGGCCGCAAGGUGGACACGCGCUCCUUCUCGCUGGCCUUCUUCGACUCGUCCAUCGACGGCUCUCGCUUCGCCCCCGGGGUGACCCCGCUGACCCUGGCCUGCCAGAAGGACCUGUACGAGAUCGCACAGCUGCUCAUGGCGCAGGGCCACGCCAUCGCGCGGCCGCACCCCGUGUCCUGCUCCUGCCUCGAGUGCAGCAACGCGCGCCGCUACGACCUGCUCAAGUUCUCGCUGUCCCGCAUCAACACCUACCGCGGCAUCGCCAGCCGCGCCCACCUCUCCCUGGCCAGCGACGACGCCAUGCUCGCCGCCUUCCAGCUCAGCCGCGAGCUGCGGCGCCUGGCCCGCAAGGAGCCCGAGUUCAAGCCUGAGUACAUCGCCCUGGAGUCGCUGAGCCAGGACUACAGCUUCGAGCUGCUGGGCAUGUGCCGCAACCAGAGCGAGGUCACCGCGGUGCUCAACGACUUGGGUGACAACAGUGAGGCCGAGGCCGAGGCCGAGGGUCUGGGCCAAGCCUUUGAGGAGGGCAUCCCCAACCUGGCACGCCUGCGGCUGGCUGUCAACUACAACCAGAAGCGGUUUGUAGCACACCCCAUCUGCCAGCAAGUGCUGUCCUCCAUCUGGUGUGGGAACCUGGCCGGCUGGCGUGGCAGCACCACCGUCUGGAAGCUCUUCGUGGCCUUCCUCAUCUUCCUCACCAUGCCCUUCCUCUGCCUUGGCUACUGGCUGGCACCCAAGUCCCGGCUGGGCCGCCUGCUCAAGAUCCCAGUGCUGAAGUUCCUGCUGCACUCUGCCUCCUACCUGUGGUUCCUCAUCUUCCUACUGGGGGAAUCCCUGGUCAUGGAGACACAGCUUAGCAUCUUCCGAGGCCGCAGCCAGAGUGUCUGGGAGACUUCGCUACACAUGAUUUGGGUCACAGGCUUCCUGUGGUUCGAGUGUAAGGAAGUGUGGAUCGAGGGCUUGCGCAGCUACCUCCUAGACUGGUGGAACUUCCUGGACGUGGUCAUCCUGUCCCUGUACCUGGCCGCCUUCGCGCUGCGUGUCCUGCUAGCGGGGCUGGCCCACGUGCACUGCCGCCAGGCUCCCGAGGGUGCCCCCUGCCGCUACUUCACCACAGCAGACCGGAGCGAGUGGCGCACCGAGGACCCCCAGUUCUUGGCGGAGGUGCUGUUCGCCGUCACCAGCAUGCUCAGCUUCACGCGCCUGGCCUACAUCCUGCCGGCCCACGAGUCGCUGGGCACGCUGCAGAUUUCCAUCGGCAAGAUGAUCGACGACAUGAUCCGGUUUAUGUUCAUCCUGAUGAUCAUCCUGACUGCCUUCCUCUGUGGCCUCAACAACAUCUACGUCCCCUACCAGGAGACAGAGCGGCUGGGCAAUUUCAAUGAGACCUUCCAGUUCCUGUUCUGGACCAUGUUUGGCAUGGAGGAGCACAGUGUGGUGGACAUGCCUCAGUUCCUGGUGCCGGAGUUCGUGGGCCGGGCCCUCUACGGCAUCUUCACCAUCGUCAUGGUCAUCGUGCUGCUCAACAUGCUCAUCGCCAUGAUCACCAACUCCUUCCAGAAGAUCGAGGAUGAUGCAGAUGUGGAGUGGAAGUUCGCUCGCUCCAAGCUCUACCUGUCCUACUUCCGGGAGGGCCUGACACUGCCUGUGCCCUUCAACAUCCUGCCCUCGCCCAAGGCUUUCUUCUACCUCCUCAGGAGGAUUUUCCAGUUCAUCUGCUGCUGCUGCUCCUGCUGCAAAGCCAAGAAGUCGAACUACCCACCCAUCCCCACUUUCGCCAACCCCGGGGCAGAGACAAGGCCUGGGGAGGGAGAACGUGGAUCCUACCGCCUCCGAGUCAUCAAGGCCCUGGUACAGCGUUACAUAGAGACAGCCAGGCGAGAGUUCGAGGAGACCCGUCGUAAAGACCUGGGCAACAGACUGACAGAGCUGACCAAGACAGUGUCCCGACUGCAAAGUGAGGUGUCUGGUGUGCGGCGCGCGGUGGCAGAAGGAGGGGCCCCACGGCCCCCAGAUGGAGCCAGCAUCCUCAGCCGCUACAUCACCCGAGUCCGGAACAGCUUCCAGAACCUGGGCCCCCCCAUCCCUGAGACUCCAGAGCUGGUGGUGCCAGGGAUGGUGGGGACCCGGGAAUCCUCAGAGACUGGGCUGCAGGACCCUGGAGGGGCACAGCCUUCAGCCUCUGGAGAGUCCGGCCCUGCCUCCCCAGCUCGUGUGCUAGUGCACCGGGAGCGAGGAGCUGAGGGUGCUGGGGCUGAGCUCCGGGAAGAAGUCGCGGGAGCCAAGGAGGAAGAUAUGAAGUCGAAGGAGGAAGCUGUGCAUGCCAAGGAGGAGUCCUGAAGCAGUAGGAGGGGCUCUUCUGGCGGGGUAGAGCAGCCUGAAUGUGUGGGGGUGGGUCUCAGCCUGUGCUCCGC